AUGCGUUUACCGUCGUGGUUGACGUGGUACAAGAAGCCGGAAUAUCGCGACAUCAAGGAGUAUUCGACUGCCGUUGGCACCGGCCGACGCCAACCUUCUCCAGAUGGACGUAACAAGACGGCGAUCCCUAGCCGCUUGAAGCUGGAUCGUGUUCUGGAAAACAAGACAUGUAGUCCUAUGUCUCUCUACGAUUUCUACAUGUAUUUGAAGUACAUCGAGUUCAGCGCCGAGAACUUGGAAUUCUAUAUCUGGUUCAAAAACUACGAAGCAGACUACGUCAAGAACGGCGGCCUUGACUCGGACAAAGCCUCUUUUCACAGUGACAGCACAUCCUCGGUAGCCAAGCUAGGUGAACAGAUCAGCAGCUCUACUACUGAGCUGGCAGAUCUCUCCUCGGCAGACCCAGAGAUUGCCAGAGAAACGCUGGAGAAGAUCACGCAGCUCAUCAGCUCUGAGGCCCUCUGUUCAAACGGGAAAUGCGAGAGACCCUCUGUCGCCGACCGUUUGAAGAACUUGACCAAGUCGAGCGAAUCACCCAAGCCAAGCAGCAAGGAGACUGCUGCAGCUGCAGCUGCCGGCGCUCCCACUCUAGACAUCCUCGGUGCAGACGCUACAGCUAUCAACACAACAAGCCGUGGUGGUCUCAACGCCGUAAUCCAGGCCUUCCUUGUCCCCGGUUCCAAGAAGGAGCUCAACAUCCCGCCGUCCAUGCGCGACGAAGCUCUCGCGGCACUCCAGAACUCGUCCGAUCCUCGGCACCUCCGCCCUGUCGCCGACCACGUCUACCUCUUGCUGCGCAACUGCUCCCACCGCAACUUUGUACGCCUGGGCGUCUCCAACGGUACCUUCGAGACCAUCUGUGUCGCUACGUCUCUGGGCAUCGUCUUGACUCUCGCCGGCUUCCUCUGUGUCCUGCUUCGCGCCUUUGCGGCACCGCGCAUCCACUCGCAGCCGCGCUGGGACGCCUUUGCUGCCUGGCCAUUGUGGUGGCUUGGUAUCAGUCUCAUCCUCUCGGGCCUGCGCGGUAGUUGUUUCUUCCUCUUGCUCUUUACCCGCCGCCAGCCGCUGCCUUGGGAGCGCUUCGACGACGGCGCGUCGAUGCACUCGCAGCGCUCUAGCAUUCUGCACCGGGUGUCUCGCCUGAUGAUCUUCGACCGGAAGUUGAGGGUCAAGGACGUGCAUCUCCGACGUCUGCAGCACAAGAUUGUCAUCCAGAGCCUGCUAGGUGGCGCGAUUUUUGCUAGCCUAGGCGUUCUCGUUUUUAUCUUUCUCCCUGUCUGGUCAGACCCUCUCAUGGGCUAA